AUGAAUUUUAUUUAUGGAUCAACAAGUUCAUACAUUGAAAUUUAUUCGAAGAACCUGGAGUAUAAAAUAAGAUAAGGGAUGAAUUCAAUAGAAAAUAUAAAUACAUUUUUUGAGUUGAUUUAAAGAACAAAUAUGACUUUUUCUCAGAAUUCUGAAAAAUGCUUAUAGGAUUAUUAUUUUAAAAACAGCAUCAUUAAUUAUUGUCAAUACUGCUAUGGGAAUUUUGAUUGCUCCAAGAAUAUUCAAAUGCAAAAUUAAUAUGGAAAAGAUUUUAGAAAGCUUUCUAACAUACUGACAACUACCAUAGCUUUUCAAAACGAACUUAAUAUCUACUUUACUUCGAUAUCUAGCGAUUGUUAUUUUUCAACUUGUCCAGGAUCAAAUUUCACUAACUUUGUUCCUUCCUCUAGAAAAUGGUUUCAAAAUCAUUUGGAUUAAAUAAAUUCUUCUCAAUUCGUUAUUUCUGAACCAUACGUAAAUUUUUUAGGUGGUGUUUACAUCUCUGGAACUACCAGUAUCUAUGAUUAGAAUAAAAGUGUUAUAGGUAUCGGAGCUAUUGAUCUUAAUUUUUCUUAAUUUUAUUAAUUUAACUAUGAAGAUAUAGAUCUAUUAGUGAUCGAUAAUCAAGGGAGAAUAUUGAUAAGUAGUUAUUAUUAUAAAACAUAAACAAAGGAUGUUUUAUCUCUUCAGAAUGAGUCUAUUUUUGGAUUCAAUCAAACAGAUGUGAACCAGAUAAUAUCACAGAAUUAAACUCAAGAAAAUUGUCUGCUCAACAUACCUAAUACUAUUUGUAUCAUUAAUAAAAACACUAAUGAAUUAUGGUAUAUAAGAUCGAAGAAUAUUACGGAUGAAUACAUUAUUCUUUUGAAGUUUAAUUCUUAAGCUUACUCUAAUUAUAUAAGCUUACUCAAGAAUAUGAUUGAAGAAAUGUUUUAAUCAUUGAUUGGCCAUUUAAUCAUUGGAAUAGUAUUCACUACCUUUAUUAGUUUAUGUAUCCAUUUAAUAUCAUUUCUGCUGCUUUAAAAACCUAUAGAUAGAUUAAUAAAUAGUUUUAAUAAAUAUUUACUUUGGGGAAAAUAAAUCAAUUUUAAUUUAUUUUGUGAUGGUAGUCAAGAUUAAUUGGAUAGGUUAUCUGAUGCCUUUCUCAGAUUGAUAAACCAGUCUAAAAGCAAUUAGAGGAAUAAAUAGAAUACUAUAAAAUAGUAUCUAUAAGAGUCUCAAUACCCAAUUAACUAUUAUGUGAAUUCAAAAAUUAUGAAUACAAAGAAUAGAACUUCGUUAGAAAGUUUCGAAAACCAAAUAUAAAAAUAAAAAUUAGUAUAACAAUUUUUUGAUCUCUAUAGGCAAUAAAUCUGUAAAAUAGAGAAUUGA